UUCGUGAGCGUUUGAGUGGUCGUUUGUGGUAGAGCGUUGACACCAAGUCGCUGACACCAUUUCACACCAUUUCUUGAAUAGAAAUAGAAAUAGACACAAGACACCAUUUCUUGAAUAUGGAUUUAUUCAGUGUCAUAUCUUGUGUUGUCGUAGAACUCCUGUCCUCGUGAUCAAGCCAGCAUCUCGCAAGGCGUCCAGUGGUACGAUUCAUUGAGUGGCAGGUAUUCGCACAGAUCAUCAUGCCAUUUUUCAUCAGGAAGAAGUCAAGUUCAAAAGUCAAGGCAAAGAAAGACAAAAAGAAGCAGCGACCAGUAGAGGCGCCAGCGGCCAAGCGUGCCCGGCUGGUGGAGGAAGAGGAUGAAGAGAUCGACAGUGAUGAGCUGGACGAUGAGCCUGUGGCGGCUGAGGAGCCGGAGCUGUCGGAGACCGAGUUGGAGACUGCUCAGGAGAAGCGUCUCCGCCUGGCCAAGCUCUACCUGGAGGAAAUCGAGAGACAAGAGCGCGGCCGGGCCGAGUCGGAGGCGGCGGAGCGGGCCGGCCGCUCGGUGUCGGAGCGGCUGCGGCAGGACGUGCUGGAGCGGGCCGGCCGGCUGCAGCGGCCGCUGGCCGACGCCGUGCGCCGCCCAGAGCCGGCCGAGGUGCGCCGGCUGCGCUGCCGCCAGCUGCAGCUGCCCGUCACCUGCGCCCUGCUCUCGCCCGACGACCGUCACCUCUACACCGGCUCCAAGGACUGCGCCCUCAUCAAGUGGUGUUUGGAGACGUGCCGUCGCGUCCAGGUGGUGCCGGGAGGUCGGAAGGGCACGGAGGACAAGCACCAGGGCCACACCACGCACAUCAUGUCCAUGGCCAUAUCGUCCGACAACAAAUACCUGGUGAGUGGCGACAUGAGCCACCUGAUCCAGCUGUGGGAACCGGCCACGCUGAGCCGGCUGCACGUGUUCCGCGGCCACCGGGGCGCCGUCACCGGGCUGGCCUUCCAGCGGGGCACGCACCAGCUGUUCAGCGCCUCGGCCGACCGCAUGGUCAAGGUCUGGAGCGUGCACGACCGCUCCUACAUCGAGUCGCUGUUCGGCCACCAGGACGGCGUCACGGCCGUGGACGCGCUGAGCAGGGAGCGCGCCGUCACCGCCGGCGGCCGCGACAACACGGUGCGCGUCUGGAAGCUGGCCGAGGAGUCGCAGCUGGUGUUCACCGGCCACCGCGACAGCAUCGACUGCAUCAAGCUCAUCAACGAGGAGCACUUUGUGACGGGCGGCCAGGACGGUAUGGUCUGCCUGUGGAGCGUCGCGAAAAAGAAGCCGCUGUGCUCGGUGCCGCGAGCGCACGGCCUGGACCCGGACAGCCGGCAGCCGCGCUGGGUGUCGGCCGUCGGUGCCCUCGUCAACUCUGACCUGGUGGCGUCCGGCUCGUGGGACGGCCAGGUGCGGCUGUGGCGGUGUGCGGCCGGCUUCGGCUCGCUGGCGCCGCUCAUGGCACUGCCGGCCGCCGGCUUCGUCAACGCGCUGGUGUUCAGCGCCUCCGGCGACCGGCUGCUGGUGGGCUGCGGCCAGGAGCACCGGCUCGGCCGCUGGUGGCGGCUGCGCGACGCCGCUAACCAGGUGCUGCUGCUG